AGCGGCGGUGAACCAGGAAGUGUCUCUGAGUACAAGGAGAGUGUUGCAAUGCUCUAUAAGCCUUUUCACCUCUUGGCAGUCCAUUCUCUAUACAGGAUCAGAGGUGCAGCUUUUACAAUGUCCUCAACCACCAAUGUUUUGACCAGGGUGGUGGCGAGUGCUCACUCCAUAGCUGAAAAAGCUGGAACCAUCGUCCGAAGUAUUAUGAGUGGAGGGGAUCUGGGUAUUGUGGAAAAGACUGGAGCAGAUGACCUGCAGACUGCGGCUGACCGUCUGGUUCAACAAAGUAUAUGUUCCUCUCUUGCAAGAAAAUUCCCACAGCUAACCAUCAUCGGCGAAGAGGACUUGCCCCCUACCGAUACCGAAGAGUCACUGAUUGAAACCGGGGAAUUUGCAGAAAUUCUGAAGACCACUUUCCCAGCUCAGUACAGCAGCAUUAAAGAGGAAGAGUUGGUGGUGUGGGUGGAUCCUUUGGAUGGCACUAAAGAAUACACUGAAGGUCUUCUGGACCAUGUCACUGUUCUAAUUGGGAUAGCAUAUGAAGGAAAAGCAAUCGCUGGAGUGAUAAAUCAGCCCUACUAUAAUUACAAGGCUGGUGAUAACACUGUGCUGGGAAGGACUAUCUGGGGUGUCCUGGGUCUUGGGUCUUUUGGGUUUCAACUGAAAGAGGUCCCAGAAGGACAACACAUCGUCACCACUACCCGGUCUCACAGCAGCAAACUAGUGAACGACUGUAUUGAUGCCAUAAAACCUGAUAAGGUUGUGCGUGUGGGUGGUGCAGGGAAUAAGAUCAUUCAGUUAAUUGAAGGGCAGGCUUCGGCCUAUGUAUUUGCCAGUCCUGGAUGUAAGAAAUGGGACACAUGUGCUCCUGAGGCUAUCCUGCAUGCAGUUGGAGGCAAACUCACCGAUAUCCACGGGAACUCAUUUCAAUAUCAUAAGGAUGUGAAGCAUAUGAACUCUGCGGGAGUUCUUGCAGCUCUGCGUAAUUAUGACUUCUACUUUUCUCGAGUUCCCGAAUCUGUGAAACAAGCGCUGGUCCCAUGACUAUGAUGUACCUGGAAGACUUGGACGGAGGUGCAGAUGCACUACCAACCAAAUGGGUUAUUCAAGUGACUUUAUCUCACAAAACCGUAAUGAAAAGACCACGGACUUUGUAAAAGCAGCCUCAACUCUGAUUUCGUUUAACAAGCUACGAUUUAUUUUUUAUUUUUUAUGUUUUAUAAAUUCUCUCAAGGGAUCACUUAAAUAUGGUAAAAAAAAUAAAAAUAAGUUGUGCUGUGACUUUAUAUUGCUGGAAAUGUUGAUUCUUCUGGUGAGUGAAGCAAAGAUCGAUGAUUGCCGUUGUUUUCUUUAUGUAAUUUUUUUAAUAAAAGAGCAAAGAGCUCUCUAAUCCACCAUUAAAA